GAAACGAAUAAACGUCGAAAAAAUUGGGGAAAAGGAGGCGGGUUUCGUCUCGGUCUGCUUGUAGAGUGAGAGAGAGAGAGACAGACAGACAGACAGACAGAGAACGAAGUGGAAGGCUCGUCUGGUUUGGUCGUCGAAAUUGGCACUUCCACGCUCGCAAAUCAAUCCCAGCCUUUCUCACCGAAGCAACCGCCUCUCUGAAUCUACAGAGGGAGGUAGGGAGAGAGAGACAAGCCCAGAAGGGUGAAAGAGUGAAGAAGCGUACGGAAUUGGAAUAGAAUCCACAUUCAGUAGGGCUCAACAUGCGGAACCGUGUAUAUUGUCACUGAAACAAAGACACAUGUUUGACAUUAUUUGAGGAUGGAUGUUGAAGUUACUGAAUCUGAGGGGAAUAAUGGGGAGAAUCAUAGGAAGGUGAAUAUUUCAGCUAUUAUGGGUGAGAGACAAAGUCUGGCUGCAAAUUCUGGUGACAAAGAAGCUCCCAAUAGGGAUGAUGAGGGGAAGACGAAGCCAUAUGUUGGCAUGGAGUUUGAGUCUGAAGAAACCGCCAAGACUUUUUAUGAUGAAUAUGCCAGGCGUGUUGGUUUUAGUACCCAUAUUGGUCAGUACAGCCGUACCAAGCCUGAUGGGCCAAUUGUUACAUGGGAUUUUGUGUGUUCUAGAGAGGUUUUCAAAAGGAAAAAUGUUGAGAGUUGCAAUGCUAUGCUAAGGAUAGAGAGAAAGGAUCCAGAUAGUUGGGUCAUUACAAAGUUUGUGGAGGAUCAUAACCAUUCAACAGUUAGUCCCAGCAAGGUCCAUUACCUUCGACCUAGAAGGCAUUUUGCUGGUGCUACAAAGAAUGUUGAAGCGCUUGAUGCCCCAAGUGAUGUUUUUGUCUCAAUGGAAGGAAACCAUGUAUCUUAUGAUCCUAAAUAUGGAGUUAGGGGUUCCUCUCCUGUAGAAGCAGAUCGUCCAGGGAGGAAUUUUGGUCCCUUAAAUUAUACUCAACCCCCCUGUAUCAGAAGGAGAACCCUUGGAAGAGAUGCUCAGAAUCUGCUCAACUAUUUCAAGAAGAUGCAGACUGAAAACCCUGGUUUUUAUUAUGCAAUACAACUUGAUGAGGACAACCGCAUGACUAAUGUUUUUUGGGCUGAUGCAAGAUCAAGGAUUGCUUAUAGUUACUUUGGUGAUGCAGUAAUUUUUGACACAAUGUAUAGACCAAAUCAGUUUCAAGUUCCAUUUGCUCCUUUCACUGGUGUAAAUCAUCAUGGCCAGAUGGUUCUGUUUGGCUGUGCAUUACUUGUAGAUGAGUCUGAGUCUUCCUUCACUUGGCUAUUCAGGACAUGGUUAUCAGCAAUGAAUGAUUGUGCACCUGUUUCAAUAACCACUGACCAAGAUAGAGCCAUUAAGGCAGCGGUUAAUGAGGUUUUCCCAGGAACACGCCAUUGCAUUUGCAAGUGGCACAUCUUGAGAGAAGGCCGGGAAAGAUUGGCUCAUAUAUAUCUUGCUCACCCUUCUUUGUAUGGGGAACUGUACAACUGCAUCAACUUUUCUGAGACAAUUGAGGAUUUUGAGUCAUCAUGGGGCUCCCUUCUCGAUCGAUAUGAUCUUCAAAAAAAUGAGUGGCUUCAAGCUGUCUAUAAUGCUCGGCAGCAGUGGGCUCCAGUUUACUUCCGUGGCACUUUCUUUGCUGCACUUUCAUCAAAUCAAGGAUUUAACUCCUUCUUUGAUGGCUAUGUGAAUCAGCAAACCACCAUACCAAUGUUUUUCAAGCAGUAUGAAAGAGCUUUAGAAAAUUCAUUAGAAAGAGAGAUAGAGGCCGAUUAUGAAACGAUCUGCACCACACCUGUGUUGAAGACACCGUCACCUAUGGAACAACAAGCAUCAAACCUUUAUACCAAGAAAGUUUUUGCCAAGUUUCAGGACGAACUUGUUGAAACUUUUGUCUAUACUGCAAAUAAGAUGGAGGGUGAUGGAAUAAUUAGCAAAUUUCGGGUUGCAAAAUAUGAGCAUGAUGACAAAGCGUACAUGGUCACGUCGAAUAUUUCUGAGCUGAAAGCAAGUUGCAGUUGCCAGAUGUUUGAGUACUCAGGCAUCCUUUGCAGACACAUAUUAACUGUCUUCACCGUGACAAAUGUUCUAACCCUUCCAUCCCACUACAUAUUAAAAAGAUGGACACAGAAUGCUAGAGCUGGCCUUGGAUCAGAGGAAUUGCAUGCACAUAAUCUAGGUCUUGGGUCUCUGGCUGCACGCUUCAAUAAUCUGAGUAGGGAAGCCAUUAAAUACGCAGAGGAAGGGGCAAUUGCUGCAGAAACCUAUAAUGCAGCAAUGAAUGCUCUUAAAGAGGGUGCAAGGAAGGUUGCUGCUGUGAAGAAAAAUGUUGCUAAAGUUACACCUAGGACCUCUCAUAGUAGUGGAAGUUCUCAGGAAGAUAGCAACAAGAGGACACCUAUAUUGACUUCUGAUAUGAGUCCUUCGUUAUGGCCUUGGCAAGAUGCUGUGCCACAUCGCUUUAAUCUUAAUGAUGUUGGAGUUCCUGUUGCGGAUUUAAAUCAGCCAAGCAUGGUUUCUAUUCCUGUCAAUCGUGAUGGUGUCCUUCCUGAUAAUACAGUGGUUCUCACUUGUUUCAAGUCCAUGACCUGGGUCAUUGAAAAUAAAAAUUCCACCCCAGCCAGUAAAAUAGCUGUAAUUAACCUGAAGCUGCAAGAUUAUGGUAAGAGUCCUUCAGGAGAAAAAGAAGUGCAGUUUAGACUUACCAGGGUUACACUGGAGCCUAUGUUGAAAUCCAUGGCUUACAUCAAUCAGCAGCUGUCAACACCUGCUAACAGGGUCGCUGUUAUCAAUCUAAAGCUCCAAGAUACAAAGACAACUACAGGAGAAACAGAGGUGAAAUUUCAAGUUUCAAGAGAUACACUAGGUUCAAUGUUAAGAUCAAUGGCCUACAUCCGUGAGCAACUUUAAGAAUCUGAUUAUGGGCUAUGGCGGGCAAAAUGCAUGCGGUAGCCUGGAUCCCCUAAAGGCGUGCUUGCUUCAGUUUACAAUCUGCUCUUGUACCAUAUCGAUGUUCAAUCAGUCACACAGUUUGGGUUAGUUGUAUUUAGGCACUGUGAAUACGGACUCUUCUCUAGAUGGUUGGACUCCAUAAUUCCCAUGCAUGCAUGCUUGUCUUGCUACAAUUAUUUGUACAUAUACAUGAUCAAAACCCCUAGAAACGUAUCCAAGGAGCAAAGCAGAAUGUGUAUUUCAGCUUAGGCAAAUAGUUAGGUUUCCUUGACAGUCCACGGAUUGCUUGCUACUGCAUAUAUAUCUUGUACUUUGAAUAGUUGCAAUAAAACGGUUUUGGGUAUUUUUCUUUCAUCA